UGGUACGACUUGCCAGAUCGGACAUUUUUUGGAUUGGGCAACUUUAGUGUUGACUAGACAUCGCACGUGUAGUUUGUUUCAUUAUCAAUUAAGGGAAACAAUUAAUUUAUAAUGAGCAAGUUAUUUGAUGGUUCUGACGAUGAUGCGGAUGAUCUGCAGAUAUCCACAAACCAGGACUAUGCCAAGUCGUUCAAUAGCUUGCGCAAAAAAGAGUUGCUUCAGAAAUAUAAAGACCGUGGUCUGGACGUGUCGGAGUCGGAGCUGGACAGUGACAGCGAGUCGUCGGAAGAGGAGGAAGUAGAUGUUAAAUUUGAUCAGGAGUUUUUCAAAACACUAGCAUCAUUGAAAAGCAAAGAUCCUCGUAUUUAUGACAAGGAGACGCGAUUCUUUGACGCUGCCGACGGCGAUGAAAGUGACAGCGAGGAGGAAGGAUCACCAAAAAAGAAACCCAGCAAGGCCAAGCCUGUGACAUUAAAGGACUAUGAACGAAAGGUUAUACUGGAGCACAAUGGAAAAUUUGAGAGUUCUGACGAUGAGAAAGAGGCGGAGGAAGAAUUUCAACGUGCCCAAUCUCCUACAGCAGUGGAGGAGGAGCAGCGACUGAAAGCAGAGUUUAAGAACGUUAUGGAGCAGGAGGACGAUGGGGAAGAUGAAGAAUUCGGUGGCAUCUUUAAGAAACGCACCAAAACCAAGGCACAAACAGACGCCGAGGAGGCUGACUUUGCUAAGUGGCUGGCCGGCAAGCAGGCAGACGAAAGCAUUGAGCCCAGUGCACAGCAGCAGUUGGCUCCUCUCAAGCAGUACUGGAAUAGCAGCAAGCUGACCCAGGGCGAGAGCUUUCUACGCGAUUAUAUACUAAAUAAAGGAUAUGCUAAUACAGAUGCAUCCGAAAUUCCUACCUAUGAUGAAAUCGUAGGUGACAAUGCGCCACUCUCAGAUGAUGAACAAGAGCUGGAGAAGCAAGCCGAGUUCGAACAGAAGUACAACUUUCGUUUCGAAGAGCCAGAUGCGGAUUUCAUCAAGCGUUAUCCUCGAACCAUCGAGCAGUCGAUUCGUCGUUCUGACGAUAAACGCAAGGAGAAACGCAAGGAGGUAAAGGAGCGCAAGCAGCAUGAGAAGGAGCAGAAAAUGAAGGAACUGGAUCUGAUCAAGGAUAUGAGGAAGAAGGAAAUAGAGGAAAAGAUUCGCAAGCUAAAGGCCGUCACUGGUAACGAUGAAUUGGGCUUCAGAGACGAUGAGCUCGAUGAGGAUUUCGAUCCUGAAGCACAUGACCGACGCAUGCAGGAACUUUUCAACGAUGAUUACUACAAUGUGGACGAAGGGGAGGAGAAGCCCGAGUGUCCCUCGGAUAUCGAAGAAUUGGCCAUUGAGGACUGGGACAACUAUGAUCCACGUCAAAGCAAUGACGCCGAUGAAGAUGGACACUGCGAAGACGAUGAUUUUAACAUGGACUGUGACUACGAUCCAGCUUCAUCCAAACAGCAGCUGCAACAGGAACUGAUUGAGAAUACGCGCAGUCGGAAGGGUCGCAAAGGAAGACGCAAUCGAUUCAUGGAAAUGAUAAAGGCAGAAAAGCCAGCCUUCGAUCCCGAGGAUGAGCAGACCUAUGGCGACUAUAUUGAUGAAUAUUAUCAACUGGACUAUGAGGACAUUGUGGGGGAUCAGCCAUGUCGCUUCAAAUAUGUGGAGACUACGCCCAAUGAUUUUGGACUAACUAUUGAGGAGAUCUUGCUGGCUAAAAACAAGGAAUUAAAUCAGUGGGCCAGCUUAAAGAAGGCUGUACAGAACCGUCCAGAAUAUGUGGAGAAAAAGGAGCAGCGAUUAUACAAAAUGAAAGCGAAGAACGAAGAUCUCAAGCGCAAGAUUUUCAAAAGUCUGUACGGUGAUCCCUCUGACGACGAAGAGCAAACAGAGGAACCAAACGAAACAAAACCGGCUGUAAAUGAACAAGCUGCAGUUCCGGUGGCAGGCGAAAAUUCCACAGAGACUCUCUCCAAGUCCAAGAGGAAACGUCUAAAGCGCAAAGCAGCAGCUGCAGCAGCAGGAUCAAGCGCUCCAGCAUCUUCUUCCACCACAUUAAGCGCUCCAGUCACGAUAACCAACGGAAAUGAGGAAAAAAAUAAUGCAGAAAAUUCGGAUAAGCCAACAAAGCAGCAGGAUUCAGCAUUGAAAGAUGCACCGACACCGGCCAAGAAGAAAAAGGUGGAGAAAGUGCAGCCACCUGCGAAAAAGGAAGCGGAAAAGGGAAACACCAAAAAUCCUUUUGCCAAGAAGCAAUUUCCCAACAAAAAUGUUGCAAAUCCAAAGGAAGCUGGACCCAAUCCAUUUAACAAACAAAAUAUGCCGAAGCCGGGUCCAGUUGGAGUCACUUCAGGAGCGAAUCCCUUUAAGAAUGCAGGCAAUAAAUCCCAAACACCUCGACGAGAAGGAGGUGACUUUAAACCACGUCCUAAACGCGACUUCAAAGGGAAAGGCAAGCCGAACAAUUCAAAUCCGAAUGAAUCACGUCCUAAACGCGACUUCAAAGGGAAAGGCAAGCCGAACAAUUCAAAUCCAAAUGGCAUCACUGACGAUCGUCUCAAAGCCUAUGGCAUUAAUCCACGCAAGUUUCACAAUCGCCAGAAGUAUGGUAAAAAGGAGCAGUGAGAUUACAAGGACAGGAGCAUAUACUAUAUACUAUAUAAAUAAAAUGUAUUUAAUAGUCGAGUCGGUCUUAUGUAUAUACAUAUUAAAAACAAUGUUACACAGAUACGAGUUUAAAAACAAAGAUAAUUUAAAGUGAUCGGCUGUA